AAACAUCGUUUAUACAUGAACAUUUUGUUUCUCACCAAAAGGUGCUGACCGUGCACAUAUCAAAUUAGCAGAUUAUAAAACAAUUAACGUUUUAUUUACACACAUAAAAUAAAGCGACACGUUUUAUCAACUAUAUUAUGUUACUCAUAAUCUAAUCUUUUUGCUUCCAUCAGUGACAGAAGUACCAUCAACGUUUCGAAGAUGGCCAAUGUGACAGACCUGGCCAACGUUGAUGUUCAAAGAUGAACAUUGUCGGAUGAACAUGAUCAAUACACGUUUGCAUAAUCUUAAUUCCAUUUCUGCCUCUGGUGCAGACGAACGACUUAUUGCCGCUGAAGUAUCAUCGGAAAAGAUUUCACUUACAGUGACAAUUCACCAACAGAAGAUCGUCAUUACGACAGACCCAGUAGCAUUGAAAAGGCCAAGUCGCCCAAUAGCUUUUGAUGUUACUUCAGACUCGCUGACACUUUCGUGGACAGCGCCAGAAGCUUUUCAGGAAGGUGACUAUUUUCAAAUUGGAUACAAAGAGACCGCAGCAGGGUCGAAAUGGAAAUUUUUUUACAGGUGAAUACAUUGAGUCAAUACAGAUUCUAACGAAUAUAAAGUCCGACACCAAGUUUGUCUUUCCGGUGAGAGUUGUUUUCCAUGACGGUGAAGGUCCUUACAGUGAAGAAAGCGAAGAAGUUAAAACGCCAAGAUCUCAUGCAUCUGACUUCGUUGAUUUCUUAGUGUGCCUUGACGAUUCAACAACGUCACCAUAUCGUUAUGCAUUACCACUGUGUGAAAUAACAGCAGCGAGAAACACCACCGCGAAAACUCGGAAAUUUGAAAUUGGAUCACCAACUGAGAAUUCUGUUGGAGAGAAGACUCUUAAUGAUAGGAGAAACAGGAACUGGAAAGAGUACCCUGGUUGAUGGAAUUGCUAACUACAUACAUGGGGUUAAAUGGGACGAUCCUUUCAGAUUUAAUAUAAUAAAUUUAGAAGAGGAAGAACAGAAACGGACAAAAAAUCAGGCUCUGUCACAAACGGAAUGGAUAACAUGCUACACUGUUUAUCCAAAGGAAGGAAGUCGUAUUCCAUAUACUCUCAAUAUUAUCGAUACACCGGGAUUUGGUGACACACGUGGACUCGAAAGAGAUCAAGAAAUUGUUGAACAAAUCCGCCAGAUGUUUUCGCUACCCAAACCCAAGGGUGUUGUGUAUAUCGACGCCGUGUGCUUCUUAAUCAAGGCACCGGAUGCACGUCUUACACCAAUUCAGAGCUACAUAUUUCAGUCCAUAAUGUCAAUGUUUGGAAAGGACAUAGAGAAAAACAUAUGUUCUCUUAUAACAUUUGCAGACGGUAUGGAUCCUCCAGUUUUGGCAGCUUUGCUGGAAUCUGGAUUGCCCUUCGGAAAACGGUUUACAUUCAACAACUCAGCUUUGUUUGCAAGUAAUACAGACGUUUCGCAAAUGAGUUUAUCACCUAUGUUUUGGGAAAUGGGACUUUUAAGUUUCCGAAACUUCUUCAGGCAUAUUGAUACCCUAUCAACACAAAGCUUGCAACUGACAAGUGACGUACUUAAUGAAAGAAAGAGAAUAGAAUCCACUGUCCGAAACAAUGAAAAGAAUCUUGAAAUUGGACUUCUUAAGCUCAAUACACUGAAAACCGAGAAAAAAAUAUUUGAAGACAGCAGCUCUGCCAUUAAAGAUAACGCAGAUUUUACCUACGAAGUGGUGACAACACAACAAAUAAAACAGGAUCUGCCACGGGGCGUACACGUUACAAACUGUACAAAUUGCCACUUUACGUGCCAUGAAAAUUGCGCUUAUGCUGACGACGAUCAAAAGAUUAACUGUUGUGCAAUGUCUAAUGGUUAUUGCAAGAUAUGUCCUGACAAAUGCUUCUGGCAAAAGCAUACAAAUUCAAAAUACACAUUUAUUUACAAACAGGUCAAGGAAACCAAAACAUAUGCAGAAAAGAAGAGGAAAUACGAAGAGGCGACUGGGAUGCAGCUAACACUAGAAAAAGUCUUAGAAAAAAUAGGCGAAGAGUUAGACCAGAUGGUAGAUGUGAUAGAAGAUAUGAUGACGACUGUCAAAAAUUGUAAUGAGCAUCUCAAUGAAAUUGCGCUGCGUCCCAACCCAUUAUCAAUGGUUCAACACAUCGAUUUGAUGAUUAAGAAUGAAGAGAUGCAGCACAAAACUGGCUACAUGGAUAGGAUUUACGCUCUUCAACGAUUCCGAAAAAGGGCUGAGAUUUCCAAGGAUGCAGACAUAUUUCACAAAGAAGCCAAGGCCCUUGGAGUGACAGGAAAGAGACAACAAAAUGAUAAACGUUCUUUAUUCCAGCGCUUCAAAGAUGUGUUCGUAUAAUAGUUUGAUAAUUGAACAGAAAUUCGGAUACCCUGGAUACGAGCAAUAUACAAUAAUAAACCUGUGGGAGAUCUGUACAUAAAUCAACUCAAGAUUUUAUCUUUAAUGCACUUUUAUUAUUGUGUUUAAAUAUUUUUUCAUUAUUGAUUCAAAACAUGUUUGUUUGAUUUUUUAAAAAUAUUUUUGCGCUCUUUUCAUAAAUUGUGUUGACAAAAAAAACACAAAAUAAAUACAAACAAAAUAUUUUAUUUAUUAUAGAAUAAUGGUACUACCGAUUCGCAAAAAAUGGAUGUAACAAUUUGAACUUUGAAAAAAAAAGUAAUGUUUAUUAUUUAUUUACCAAAGCGAUUUCAACAUUAAUGAUUUUGAACUAAAUGUUAUCGAUAAAUGUUUUUCUUUUUAUUAGUUUGCUUCACUAAGACUGAUUUAAAUACUGAUAUACAAUUAAAGGUUAGAAAUAUAUUAUUUGAUUCCAAACCGUACAGACAAGAACCCAGUUUGGGUAGCUUACUUUAUACUUUCUUGAAAACCACCAAGCUUUGUAUUUGCUUCAAUAACGCGUUAGUUAUUUUUGCUAGUUUAGUUGUUUUAUUUUGUUGAAUUAUUUUAUACAUAACACACGUUGAAAACAUUUUAUAUUAUAUGAUGAUACAUAUGUAUAUAUAGAAUUUCUAUUUUGUAUUGAGUUGUUAUAUGUUGAUAUUGGUUUACCGUAUUUACUGUGUAGCUUUAGAGUGCAUGUAGAUUUUGCAACUCGGAAAUCGUACCAAUCGAACACGAUUUAAGACGUCGUACCUUUUCCGUAUGUCUUCAACAUGCUUUUGAAGUGAAUAAGUAAAAUUCGUUCGUGUGAUAUAAAUAAAUCAGCGAAUUUAUGCGGAAAAUGAGAGCAGUUUAUUUACUUUGAUGUAACUUAACUUGAACCAUUUUAUGUUUUGCAUUUGAAAUAAACUAUUUCUUAUAUUCGUAUGUAAUGUUUACAUUGUGAAUGAUGUCUUUUUAUAAUAAACAAAUACAUGAUAAUUAUUUAUUUUAUCAACAUUAAUGUUAACUUGGGUUAAAUUAUAACUUAAAAUCAGUCUUCUAGAUAACUGUAUUCUUUUGUUAGGUUGCAUCGUUAUACAAAAUAUGCUCGUACAAGAGAACAAUACUUUCACUGCUAACAAAUCAUCUGAUUCACGUCAUCAGACCUGUCAUUGUUUCUAUUCAGCUUUGAAAAUCACCAAAAUUUGAAGACUUGCACGCAUAAUUUGUGGAGAAGUAUGUAGAUACAUAUUUUUAUUUUUAUAUGUACGUUUUGUCUAGACAUCUGAUGUAUUCUUCCAAUCAUUUUGA